CCCCUGAAGGACUCCGGGGCGCUCAAUGUCAGGCGGGCGGCGCGGCGCGGCCGCCGGCAGGGGGCGGGCGAGGGGAAGCGGUGCCAGUCCUGCGCCGGAGCGCGGAUCAGUGUCGGCGGCGCUGGCCAUGCCGGGCGGCGCGGCGGAGCGGAGCUGAGCCCAGCCGAGCCCAGCCGAGCCGAACCGAGCCGCUGAAGGGCACCGGCGCCGGCGGCGGCACCCAGGCACCCCCCGCGCUCUCCCGCGGCCGGGGCGCGCAGCAUGGAGGCUGGGAAGCGCAGCUCCUCUCCCGGCAGCCGGGACGAGGGCAGCGCCAACGCCUUCCCGGCCAAGCCGGCGGCCCCGGCGGAAAAAGCCCAGAGCAGCCCCGGCGGCGGGGGCAGCGGCGUGAAGGAGCAUGGCAACUCCGUGUGCUUCAAAGUGGACGGCGGCGGUGGAGGCGAGGAGCCCGCCGUGGGCUUCGAGGAUGCCGAGGGUCCCCGGCGGCAGUACGGCUUCAUGCAGCGGCAGUUCACCUCCAUGCUGCAGCCGGGGGUCAACAAAUUCUCCCUCCGCAUGUUCGGCAGCCAGAAGGCGGUUGAGAAGGAGCAGGAAAGGGUUAAAACUGCGGGGUUCUGGAUCAUCCACCCCUACAGCGACUUCAGGUUUUACUGGGACUUAAUUAUGCUCAUUAUGAUGGUUGGAAACCUUGUCAUUAUACCAGUUGGAAUCACAUUCUUCACAGAACAAACAACAACACCAUGGAUUAUUUUCAAUGUGGCAUCAGACACUGUUUUUCUAUUGGACUUGAUCAUGAAUUUCAGAACUGGGACUGUUAAUGAAGACAGCUCUGAAAUAAUACUGGACCCUAAAGUCAUUAAGAUGAAUUAUUUAAAAAGCUGGUUUGUGGUUGACUUCAUCUCAUCAAUACCAGUGGAUUAUAUCUUUCUCAUUGUAGAAAAAGGAAUGGAUUCAGAGGUUUACAAGACAGCAAGAGCACUUCGUAUUGUGAGAUUUACAAAAAUCCUCAGCCUGUUACGUUUACUACGCCUUUCAAGACUGAUUAGAUACAUACACCAGUGGGAAGAGAUUUUCCACAUGACAUAUGAUCUGGCCAGUGCUGUGGUGAGAAUCUUUAAUCUGAUUGGAAUGAUGUUACUGCUUUGCCACUGGGAUGGUUGUCUUCAGUUUUUAGUACCAUUGCUCCAGGAUUUCCCACCAGAUUGCUGGGUGUCCCUAAACGGUAUGGUUAAUGAUUCCUGGGGAAAACAGUACUCAUAUGCACUCUUCAAAGCCAUGAGCCAUAUGCUCUGCAUUGGUUAUGGAGCCCGUGCCCCUGUCAGCAUGUCCGACCUCUGGAUAACCAUGUUGAGUAUGAUAGUGGGGGCUACCUGUUAUGCCAUGUUUGUUGGUCAUGCUACUGCCCUCAUUCAGUCUCUGGAUUCUUCACGGCGACAAUAUCAAGAAAAGUAUAAACAAGUGGAACAGUACAUGUCAUUCCACAAGUUACCUGCUGAAAUGCGCCAGAAGAUCCACGAUUACUAUGAGCACCGCUACCAAGGCAAGAUCUUUGAUGAAGAAAACAUUCUCAAUGAGCUCAAUGAUCCCCUUAGGGAGGAGAUUGUCAACUUCAAUUGUCGGAAGCUUGUUGCUACAAUGCCUCUUUUUGCAAAUGCAGACCCAAAUUUUGUGACUGCCAUGCUAAGCAAACUGCGAUUUGAGGUGUUCCAACCUGGAGAUUAUAUUAUCCGAGAAGGAGCUGUAGGUAAAAAGAUGUAUUUCAUUCAGCAUGGUGUUGCUGGUGUCAUCACCAAAUCCAACAAGGAGCUGAAGUUGACAGAUGGCUCUUACUUUGGAGGUGAGUAGGACAAAAACUAAUGAUAAUAUCAGAGUGAAUGUACUAGCAUCAAACAUAUU